AUGCGGAAUCAAUCUGAUGAUUUGAAGAAACACAAUAUACUACAUACUGUUGAAAAGCCAUAUUCUUGUAAUGAAUGUGGUAAGAGCUUCCAUCAAUCAGGUCAUUUGAAGAUACACAAUAGACAACAUACUGGUGAAAAGCCAUAUUCUUGUAAAGUAUGUGGUAAGAGCUUCGACCGAUCAGGUACUUUGAAGAUUCACAAUAGAAUACACACUGGUGAAAAGCCAUAUUCUUGUAAAGUAUGUGGUAAGAGCUACAAUCAAUCAGGUAACUUAAAGAAACACAAUAGAAUACAUACUGGUGAAAAGCCAUAUUCUUGUAAAGUAUGUAGUAAGAUCUUUACUCAAUCAGGUCAUUUGAAGAUUCACUAUAGAAUACACACUGGUGAAAAGCCAUAUUCUUGUAAAGUAUGUGGUAAGAGCUUCUAUCAAUCAGGUGACUUAAAGAAACACGAUAGAAUACAUACUAGUGAAAAGCCAUAUUCUUGUAAAGUAUGUGGUAAGAGCUUCAAUCAAUCAAGUCAUUUGAAGAUUCACAAUAGAUUUCACACUAGUGAAAAACCAUAUUCAUGUAAAGUAUGUGGUAAGAGCUUCAAUGAAUCAAGUGACUUAAAGAAACACAAUAAAAUACAUUCUGGUGAAAAGCCAUAUUCUUGUAAAGUAUGUGGUAAGAGUUUCUCUCAAUCAGGUGCCUUAAAGAAACACAAUAGAAUACAUACUGGUGAAAAGCCAUAUUCUUGUAAAGUAUGUGGUAAGAGCUUCUAUCAAUCAGGUAACUUAGAGAAACACAAUAGAAUACAUACUAGUGAAAAUCUAUAUUCUUGUAUUGAGUCAUAUUCUUGUAAUGAAUGUGGUAAGAGCUUCAGUGAAUCAGGUCAUUUGAAGAUUCACAAUAGAAUACAUACUGGUGAAAAGCCAUAUUCUUGUAAAGUAUGUAGUAAGAUCUUUACUCAAUCAGGUCAUUUGAAGAUUCAUAAUAGAAUACACACUGGUGAAAAGCCAUAUUCUUGUAAAGUAUGUGGUAAGAGCUUCUAUCAAUCAGGUGACUUAAAGAAACACGAUAGAAUACAUACUAAUGAAAAGCCAUAUUCUUGUAAAGUAUGUGGUAAGAGCUUCAAUCAAUCAAGUCAUUUGAAGAUUCACAAUAGAUUACACACUGGUGAAAAACCAUAUUCUUGUAAAGUAUGUGGUAAGAGCUUCAAUGAAUCAAGUGACUUAAAGAAACACAAUAGAAUACAUACUGGUGAAAAGCCAUAUUCUUGUAAAGUAUGUGGUAAGAGCUUCGACCAAUCAGGUACUUUGAAGAUUCACAAUAGAAUACACACUGGUGAAAAGCCAUAUUCUUGUAAAGUAUGUGGUAAGAGCUACAAUCAAUCAGGUAACUUAAAGAAACACAAUAGAAUACAUACUAGUGAAAAGCCAUAUUCUUGUAAUGAAUGUGGUAAGAGCUUCAAGGAAGCAGGUCAUUUGAAGAUUCACUAUAGAAUACAUACUGGUGAAAAGCCAUAUUCUUGUAAAGUAUGUGGUAAGAGCUUCACUCGAUCAGGUCAUUUGAAGAUUCACAAUAGAAUACACACUGGUGAAAAGCCAUAUUCUUGUAAUGAAUGUGGUAAGAGCUUCAAGGAAGUAGGUCGUUUGAAGAUUCACAAUAGAAUACAUACUGGUGAAAAGCCAUAUUCUUGUAAAGUAUGUGGUAAGAGCUUCAGUCAAUCAGGUAAUUUGAAGAUUCACAAUAGAAUACACACUGGUGAUAAACCAUAUUCUUGUUAAGUAUGUUGUAAGAGCUUCAAUCAAUCACGUGACUUAAAGAUACACAAUAGAUUACACGCUGGUGAAAAACAAUAUUCUUGUAAUUAAUGUGGGAAGAGCUUCACUAAAUCAGGUUACUUAAAGAUACACAAUAGAAUACAUACUGGUGAAAAACCAUAUUUUUGUAAUUAAUGUGGUAAGAGCUACACUAGAUCAGGUUACUUAGCUGUAAGGAAUCAUAAAUUCUUAUAAAGUAUGUGAUACGAGCUUCUAUCUAUCACAUCAUUUGAAGAGACACUAUAGUAUAGACACUGGUUAAAAGCCAUAUUGUUGAAAUAAAUGUGGUAACAGCUUCACUAAAUGAGGUGAAUGGAAAUACAAUAGAAUACAUACUGUUGAAAAGCUAUACUCUUGUAAUAAAUGUGUGGUAAGAGCUUCAAUAAAUCAGGUGACUUAAAGAACCACAAUAGAUUACACACUGGUGAAAAACCAUAUUCUUGUAAUGAAUGUGGUAAGGGCUUCAAUCUAUCAGAUCAUUUGAAGAUUCACAAUAGAAUACAUACUGGUGAAAAGCCAUGUUCUUUGUAAAGUACUUAUGUGGUAAGAGCUCAGAAUACAGAACAAACCAGAAGGAGUGUUCAAUCACAUUUGUAUGCAGCGAAUUGUGUCCAAAAUGCCUCCCCGCCCGCACCUCACCCGCCCAAGUAGUGUGGCCAGGCACCAUUUCCUUACCGCUUUUGGGGUAAAAUUCAAAAUGUCAUGAAGGAGCGACUAAGUUAUUUGGUAAAAAUGACAUUAGUAAAAAUUAUAUCAUUGCUUGAUAAGGCGCAGUUUAUUAAUAAUAAAUAAAUGAUGGAUGUUUAUAUUGUGAAAGAAAUAUUUUGAUAUAUCUUAUUUAAAGAUGUUUAGGAGUAAAUAUUUAUUCGAUAUUAAAUAAUAAAAAAAAAUUACUUAAUAGAGCUUACUUUUAAUUUUGU